AUAUGGAUGCCAAAGUAAAGGCCAUGAUCAAGCUUAUUGAAGAAGAUGCAGAUUCCUUUGCAAGGCGAGCUGAAAUGUACUAUAAGAAACGCCCUGAGCUCAUGAAAUUGGUUGAGGAGUUUUAUCGAGCAUACCGUGCAUUGGCUGAACGGUAUGAUCAUGCAACAGAUUCACCUCCAGGAUCGUCAGCCUAUGGGAUGGAGCCUCAAACACCAGAAAUGCCAUACCCAAUGCAUGCAUUGAUUGACCCUGAUGACUUUCAUAUGGAUGCAUUGGGGGUUUCUGCCUCCAGUCUACAUUCUGACAGGAAGAAUGGACCUUAUUCAGAAGAAUCUGAUUCUGGAAUUAGCAAAAGAGGUUUGAAACAUCUUCAUGAGAUGCUUGGGGCAGGAGAAGUAGUACCACAGAAUUUGAAGUUUGCUGAAGGAAGGGUGAAAAAAGGCCUAAACAAUGAAACAGAAGAUAGAGAACAAAGUUUGCAUGGUGAAGUCCUCCACUUGUCAAGUGAGAAUAAAAGCCUCAAGGCCAAGGUCCUUUCUGAGUCUGAACGUGCAGGUAAAGCUGAAAGUGAAGCUGAAAACUUAAAAAAAGUCCUUGCUGAUGCUCAAGUUGAAAAGGAAGCCAUCCUUCUUCAAUAUCAGCAGUGUCUGGAGAAAUUAUCUAAUCUGGAGGGAGAACUCAAUCGUGCACAACAAGACUCCAGGAUGUUCGAUGAACAAGCAAGAAAAGCCGAAACUGAAGUUCAGACACUGAAGGAAAUGCAUGUUAAAUUAGCAGCUGAAAGGGAUGCUGGUUUUACAACACACAAGGAGAGUUUGGAAACAAUUUCAAACCUGAAGGGUGUCGUUUCUAAAGCCCAGGAGGAUGCAAAAGGACUUAACGAGCGGGCCAUUAAAGCGGAAAUUGAAGCUCAAUAUUUAAAGGAUGAACGUUCUAGACUAGAGUCUGAAAAGGAAGCUGGUCUACUUCAAUACAGACAAUGUCUCGAGAAGAUUUCUUCUCUUGAGAGCAAAAUUGCUGUUGCCGAGGAGGAUGCCAGACUGCUUAAUGACCGAGCUGAUAGGGCUGAAGCAGAAGUCAAGAACCUGAAAAAAGCUCUAGCUGAAUUAAAUGAAGAGAAAGAAGCUGCAGCUUAUCAGUAUCAGCAUUGCAUGAAGAAAAUAUCCAAGCUGGAGGGUGAACUCACUUUUGCCCAAGAGAAUGUCAACCAUCUUAAUAGCGAGAUUCUAUCUGGGGCUGCAAAAUUGAAGAGUAGUGAAGAAAAAUGUUUUCUGUUGGAGAGGUCAAAUCAAUCUCUGCUGCUUGAGGCAGAUAAUCUUGCAAAGAAGAUCUCAGAGAAAGAUCAAGAACUUGCUAAGAAGCAUGAGGAGUUGGAAAAACUUCAAACUUGUGUACAAGAUGAGCGCUUGCGUAAUGUGCAAGUUGAAGCCAUGCUACACACUUUGCAGAAUUUGCACUCUCAAUCCCAAGAGGAGCAGAGGGCUCUGGAGCUGCAGCUUAAAAAUGAGCUUCAAAUGCUAAAGGACUUGGAGAUAUGUAAACAUGGUCUGGAAGAAGAACUCCAGCAGAUUAAGGAGGAAAAUUGCAGCUUGAACGAAUUGAAUUCAUCUUCCACCAUUUCAAUGAAGAAUUUGCAAAAUGAAAUCCUUAGCUUGAGGGAGAUGAAGGAGAGACUUGAAGAGGAGGUUUCACUACAAAUGGGCAAAAGUAAUGCUCUCCAGCAAGAAAUUUUCCAUCUGAAAGAGGAAAUUAAGGGUUUGAACAGGAGCUACCAGGCUUUACUGAAGCAAGUGGAGUCAGCAGGUCUGCAACCAGAAUGCAUUGGAUCAUCAGUCAAGGAGUUGCAGGAUGAGAACUCAAAGCUGAGAAAGAUAUGCGAGGAGCACAGAAAUGAGAAAGAAGCUUUUUCCAAAAAGUUGGAGAAGAUGGAGGAAGUUCUGCAGAAAAAUGCUCUUCUGGAGCGCUCCCUGUCGGAUGUGAAUGGUCAGUUGGAAAGGUUGCAGGAGAAGGUGACAACAGUGCAAGAGUCUUGCCAAUUCCUCCAUGUUGACAAAUCCACUCUUGUUGCUGAGAAAGCUUCCCUUCUAUCUCAGUUACAAAUCAUUACACAGAGUAUGCAGAAGCUCCUGGAGAAGAACACUGUUCUUGAGAAUUCCCUCUCUGGGGCAAAUGAUGAACUUCAAGGUUUGAGGGAAAAAUCCAAAAACUUAGAAGAGAUCUGCCUGUUGCUUCGUAAUGAAAGGUCCAAUCUUCUUACAGAAAAAGGCUCCCUGGCUGUUCCCCUGGAAAAGGUUGAACAGAGACUUGAAAACUUGGAAAAGAGAUUUACAGGAUUAGAAGAGAAAUAUGCUGGCCUGGGGGAGGAGAAAGAAUCCACAAUUUCACAAGUACAACAACUAAUGGUUUCUCUAGGUAUGAAAAAACAAGACCUGCCAAGUUUUACAACUUGGAAUGAGACCCGACUGACUGGCCUGGAAAACCAUAUCCAUCUCCUGCAAGAAGAAACUAGAUGGAAGAAGAAAGAUUUUGAGGAAGAAAUUGAUAAAGCUGUAAAUGCUCAGUUUGAAAUCUUCAUCUUACAGAAAUUCAUACAAGAUAUGGAAGAAAAGAAUUUCUCUUUGUUGAUUGAGUGCCAGAAGUAUGUUGAGGCAUCCAAACUGACAGAGAAAUUGAUUUCGGAGUUGGAGAGUGAAAAUCUUGAGCAACAGGUGGAAGCAGAGCUCUUGUUAGACGAAAUUGAAAAGCUGAGGUUGGGUAUAUACAAAGUGUUCAUGGCUCUUGGAAUUGGUGCAGAUAGUGGGGCUGAAGAUAAGACUGAAAAUGAGCAAAUCUUUGUGCAUCAUAUUUUAGGGAAUAUUGAAGAUAUGAAAUGUUCACUAUCGAAAUUCAAGGAUGAUAAUCAGCAGCUGUUGGUUGAGAAUUCAGUUCUCCUAACUCUAAUUGGGCAACUGAAAUUAGAGGGCAUGGAGAUUGAAUCAGAGAAGAAUAUCCUAGAUCAGGAGCUCAAAAUUAUGACAGAGCAGCUCUUUAUUGUGCAAUACGACAAGCACGAACUUUUGGAUAUGAAUAGGCAGUUGAGAGCAGAGUUGAGUGAAGGAGACCUAUGGGCCAACAUGCUUAAGACUGAAGUCGACAACCUGUGUGUGACGCAGGGUGAUUUGCAGAUGGCAUACUUUGAGUUAGAUGAAAAAUAUACUGAGACACUUGAGGAGAACACAUCUUUGUUGAAAAAAAUUUCAGACAUGGAGGAGGAGAAAUGCAUGGUGGAAGAGGAAAGUGAUAUUAUUCUCCUGGAAACAUUAGCUCUUGGUAACCUUUCUACGAUUUUCAAAAGUCUCAUGACUGACAAAGCUGCAGAACUACAAUUGCUUUCCCAAGAUCUACAGAAUCUUCAUAGGGGUAAUGAUGACCUUGAAAAGGAGGCUGGUAAACUGAGAAGGAAGUUGGAAAUGAAAGAAACAGAAAAUUUACUUCUUAACAAUUCAGUUGAGAGGUUGGAGAUGGAUCUGUAUGGGGUCAAAGAAUUUAAUGAUCAAUUGAAGCAAGAAAUAUCAAGUGGAAAGGACUUGCUGAGCCAGAGAGAAACUGAACUUUCUGAAGCAGAACAUAAGCUGAAUACAACUGAGAACUUGAACUCCGAAUUGUCCAAAACCAUGGAGGGACUGAAGGAGGAGUGUGAAGGAUCAAAACUCAUGAGAGAGAACUUAGAAAAACAGAUUUUUGACUUAUCUGAAGAUAACAACCGCCAGAACAAGGAAAUGGAGUGCCUUCGUGAUGUGAACGGAAACUUGUUGACUGAACUGGUUAUGAUAAGCGACGAAAUUGAAGAACGGAGAAACAGAGAAGAGAAUUUGAGCUCAGAGCUACAAGAGAAAAACAAUGAUUCUGAACUCUGGGAGGCAGAGGCCACAGGGUUCUAUUUUAAUCUUCAGAUUUCCUCCAUCCGUGAAGUUUUAUUUGAAAAUAAGGUUCACGAGCUUACUGGGUUUUGUGAGACUCUUGAAGAUGAAAAUGCUUCAAAAACUCUGGAAAUUGAACAGAUGAAAGAACAAAUUAGCUUCAUGGAGAGUGAACUUGAAGCACUAAAAGCCCAUUUACUGGCAUAUGCUCCUGUAACAGUUUCUCUGAAAGAUGAUGGAGCAUCUUGUGAGCACAAUACUCUUUCCCUGACAAAGCCUAAUCUAGCUGAUCAUCGGGAAGCAAAGGUAUCCAAGAAAUUAUGCUUGUUCUGGGGUCUUGCCUUUUCAUUUAAAUUACCAGAACAUGAAACUGAUCAUGUGCUGCAAGUUGUCUGCAAGUUACCUAUCUUUGUAUCUGCUAAUUGGAUUUUGUAUGUGAUUGCUGGAAAAGAAUUAUACUGA